AUGGAGAAGCGGCGGCACAAGCGGGAGCAGCUGUGUUGCGAGGAGGUGGCGGGCGGGACGGCUGCUGAGUGCGCCGUCAUGUGCCACUUCUUCCCAUGCACCGUCGUCGAGCUCAUCGUCCUCGUCAUGGUGCGUGUGGCCCUUGUGCUUUGUCGCCGCGCCAUCUGGGCGAGGUGCCGACGCACCAUGGCCAAGAAGAAGGAGAUGGAGGACCUCCUCGUCGCGGAUGCCACCUCCCCUAGGUCUCGUGCUGCCGCGGUAGCCAAGGCCAACAAAAAGGCGGAGGCGACGGAGCACUGGCCAACCACACACUCUUCGGACGAGCUCGUCGAGGAGGAGAAGAAGGUUGAGGGGAAGCAAACUGAACGGAUGUAA